UCCGUUUCCGGAGUGGAGGGCACGCUAGGAGUGUCUGAAGCUGAGACCGCGGGCUCGCCGUCGCCCCAUGAAUUUCGGGUUCUGCAGCUGACGCUACUGGGCGGGGCUUCAUGGCCUCGCUCAGGCCUAAGUUUCCCCAGCUGUGCAUUGAGACCAGGUGCGGUGCCGCCUCCAGGGCCGGCCGUGAAGAGAGGCCGCACCCGCACGGGGACUGCAUCUCCCAGAGCGCCCCGCGGGCGGCCGAGCGGCGGGACUCCAUCUCCUAGAGUGCCCCGCGGGCGCCCGGGCGGCGGCCGCCACAACCGCCAGGUCCGGGACUGGGCGCUGCGGCCUCUUCCGCGCGCCGGGGGCGGGGGCCUCGCCCGACAGCUUCCCGGCGGCUGCGCGAUGGACAGCCCCGAGGUGACCUUCACUCUCGCCUAUCUGGUGUUCGCCGUGUGCUUCGUGUUCACGCCCAACGAGUUCCACGCGGCGGGGCUCACGGUGCAGAACCUGCUGUCGGGCUGGCUGGGCAGCGAGGACGCCGCCUUCGUGCCCUUCCACUUGCGCCGUACGGCCGCCACGCUGUUGUGCCACUCGCUGCUGCCGCUCGGCUACUAUGUGGGCAUGUGCCUUGCGGCUUCAGAAAAGCGGCUCCACUCCCUCAGCCAGGCCCCUGAGGCCUGGCGGCUCUUCCUGCUGCUGGCCGUGACCCUCCCCUCCAUCGCCUGCAUCCUGAUCUACUACUGGUCCCGUGACCGGUGGGCCUGCCACCCACUGGCGCGCACUCUGGCACUCUAUGCCCUCCCACAGUCCGGCUGGCAGGCUGUUGCCUCCUCCGUCAACACUGAGUUCCGGCGGAUUGACAAGUUUGCCACCGGCGCACCAGGUGCCCGUGUGAUUGUGACAGACACGUGGGUGAUGAAGGUAACCACCUACCGAGUGCACGUGGCCCAGCAGCAGGACGUGCACCUGACUGUGAUGGAGUCUCAGCAGCAUGAGCUCUCGCCAGACUCGAACUUGCCCGUGCAGCUCCUCACCAUCCGUGUGGCCAGCGCCAACCCUGCUGUGCAGGCCUUUGACAUCCGGCUGAACUCCACUGAGUACGGGGAGCUCUGCGAGAAGCUCCGGGCACCAAUCCGCAGGGCAGCCCACGUGGUCAUCCACCAGAGCCUGGGCGACCUGUUCCUGGAGACAUUUGCCUCCCUGGUAGAGGUCAACCCGGCCUACUCAGUGCCCAGCAGCCAGGAGCUGGAGGCCUGCAUAGGCUGCAUGCAGACACGUGCCAGCGUGAAGCUGGUGAAGACCUGCCAGGAGGCAGCCACAGGCGAGUGCCAGCAGUGUUACUGCCGUCCCAUGUGGUGCCUCACCUGCAUGGGCAAGUGGUUUGCCAGCCGCCAGGACCCCCUGCGCCCUGACACCUGGCUGGCCAGCCGCGUGCCCUGCCCCACCUGCCGCGCACGCUUCUGCAUCCUGGAUGUGUGCACCGUGCGCUGAGUGGGCUGGGGCCCUGAGGUGACUCUGUGUCUCCCCCCAAAGCCACGGGGCAGGGAAGGGGGUGGCUGGGCCUCCUGGCUGGCAAAGGGCUCUAUUUAAAGCACAUGAUCUAGAGCAACUCACCUCUGCCCUGGGUCUGCAGAAGGCUGAGGACUUUUGGUUAAAAGCAAUCCUCAUGAAAACACCACACCCUGCUUGGCAGCCAGGGUACAAGUCCUGGGUACCUCCUCUUUGCCUCCCUCCUGCCCCCUUCCUGCUGGUGGGGGCAGAUCCUGCACACACAGACACAGCGUUUGCCCCCGAGCCAUUCCCUGGAGACCCUGGGUCUACCCCAGGUGGUCGUCAUCUGGGCCAUUUGCCUUACUUCUCUGGAGCAUACCCGCCCUCAGUUACGUGCCAGACCCGGACCGCAUUCUCCUGCCCUGUCCUGGAGCUGGCCCCUGGCUGCUUGGAGAACCCUGGGUAGGUCCUGAGGGUGGGAUGGAGAAGAGGGUACUGCUGUGGUGUGGGAGCAGUCCUGGGGCUUCCUGGUGGCUGUGGCCAGUUGAGGGACCGUUCGUGGGUGGGGUGGCAAUGGGAGGACAGGUCAGAGCGCCCUCAUUUGUGGGGCUGCCCCUCAGGUUCUCAUCCUGUCCUUGGUGCCUUUUGCUGCCCGACAAGUCCAGGGAAGGCCGAGGCCUCAGACUCUUGGGUAGGGGUGGGGGUUUGAGUUGAGGACCAAAGUGCCAUAGCGACAUCCAGAACACAAGCCCACCAGGGGUCCAGCCCAGGCUACCCACUCCCCUAGGGUCUCCCAGGCUCAGAAGGGGAUGCACGCCCCCUGUGGUCAAGGCUCUGGUGGGCAUCUUGCCCAGUUCCUGAUGGUUCAAGGGGAGGGGGAGACGUUGGCCAGGCCCCAGGGCACAGCCCUGACACAGGUGUGGCUACUGGAGGGGCCCUCACACCUGCGGCCCCAAAGGCCCUGGGCUUGGCUGUUUGAGGCAGAGGUGAUGGACUCAGGGGGCCUGACACUUGGGAUUUGGGAGGCUUCCUAGAGCACUCAGCAGGUGAAGGCAGCAGGGGCCAUGGCCGGGAGCCAGACCUAGCUUUGACCUGAGUUUUAAGGGCUGCCAAAGAGGGGCAGUGGGUUGGGGUUGUUUUUACUACAAAAUAAGUUACUUAGUUUUAUAAAGACAAACCUAUUCUAACCAAAUGACACCAUAUUUAAUAAAAUUUAGUCUGAAGUGA